AUGACGGCAUCUGCUUCCACCUGCUCGCAGAGCACGCUGCCCGGCGCGCUGCGGGGGGACACAGGGACGCGGCUCAGGGCGUCUGCUGGCCGUCUACUUCCCAAAGAGACGGAGCCCCCCAGCCCCGCGCCGCGCCCCCGAGGGACACGCCGAGGGGAGCGGGGGGCCCCGUGUGUUCAGACAGUGGCUCCGGAGCAGAGCCUCCUUUCCCCAGCGUGGCCCAGACACCCCAAGGGCUGCCCAAGGACACCCGUCUCCCACUGUCACUCACUCUGUGAGAUCUCCACCAUUUCUAACGAGAAGACUGCCAACGAGACCAUUUUUGCCAAGGAGACCGUCUUUGCCGAGGAGACCAGCAAGAAUAUCAAGGAGAUUAUCAACAAGACCAUCUUUGCCAAGGAGAGCACCAAGGACACCAUCUUUGCCAAGGAGACCACCGAGGACACCUUCUUUGUCAAGGAGACCACCGAGGACACCAUCUCCUCCAAGGAGACCACCAAGGACACCAUCUUCACCAAGGAGACCGCCAACAACACCAUCUCUGCCCAGGAGACCACCAAGGACACCAUCUCUGCCAAGGAGACUGCCAACAGCACCAUCUCCUCCGAGGAGACCACCAAGGACACCAUCUUCACCAAGGAGACUGCCAACAGCACCAUCUCCUCCAAGGAGACCACCAAGGACACCGUCUUCACCAAGGAGACCGCCAACAGCACCAUCUCUGCCCAGGAGACCACCAAGGACACCGUCUUCACCAAGGAGACUGCCAACAGCACCAUCUUCACCGAGGAGACCACCAAGGACACCAUCUAG